CUGGUGGGUCGGUUCACGCCACCCUAGCUAGCUUCCACUUCCGCCGUGCUUUUCACACUUGGUUAUGGAAUCUUACCCGAGGCAGGACUUGAGCAACAGCCGCAGGAUCUCAACCUUGCGAGGGCCGGGCCGGGCGGGCCCUGUGCGCAUGCGCAGACUCCUCACAACCGGAAGCCGCGGAGCUGGGUAUGGCGGCGGCGGCCGAGGGUGUCCCGGCGACCCGACGUGAGGAACCCGUUCGAGACGAUGCCGCUGUGGAGACAGCUGAGGAAGCCAAGGAGCCCGCUGAGGCUGACAUCACUGAGCUCUGCCGGGACAUGUUCUCCAAAAUGGCCACUUACCUGACUGGGGAAUUGACAGCUACCAGUGAAGACUACAAGCUCCUUGAAAAUAUGAAUAAACUAACCAGCUUGAAGUAUCUUGAGAUGAAAGAUAUUGCUAUAAACAUUAGUAGAAACUUAAAGGACUUAAACCAGAAGUAUGCUGGACUACAGCCUUAUCUGGAUCAGAUCAAUGUAAUUGAGGAGCAGGUUGCAGCUCUUGAGCAGGCGGCCUAUAGGCUGGAUGCAUAUUCAAAAAAACUGGAAGCCAAGUACAAGAAGCUGGAGAAACGCUGAACAACUUACUCUUAUGGGACAAAGCCUUUUUUUUUUUUUUUUUUUUAAUGUGGAAGAAUGUUGUAUAAAACCUGAAUCCUGAGGCUAAUGAAUUGUCCAGAUACCUCAAAAGGAAGCCGUGCUGGUCAUCCCAGGAACACCCCAGCGCUGGAGUGACCCGAGGACUGCGGCUCCCCCGAACCUCCUUUGAGGCAGUAUCCCUCAGACUUCAGCUCCUUGCCUUUUACUUGAAAGCUUCAUCAUCCAUUUAGGAUAGAGACGCUCUCAAAGUUCAGGAUAAACCUGGGCUUGCCAGGAGAAUCAAAUGUUUUCUCUGGUAGUGGUUUUUUAGUCCCUUAUUUUCUUAAAUGGCUGAUUUUUUGAGUUACUGUGUAAAUGGCUGUUUUUUUCUAUUAAUGAUGCUAAUGUAUUAUUAACAAGAAUCUAAAUUAAAAAAGGAAAACAAA